AUGAUCCUAUGCCUCGGAGAACUAGUUGCCUUCUGGAUAAACUAUGGCUUCAACUUCCUCGAGACCAAAGAUUGGUGGCGUAUCCCACUAGCCAUUCAAAUCGUACCCGCCAUGAUUCCGGGCAUAGGAUGUUGGUUCUGGGUUCCACCCAGUCCACGUUGGCUCGCUAGCCAGGAUCGACACGAAUGUGCGCGGGAGGUUCUCAUUCGGCUUCAUGGAUCUGAGGCUGUAGAGCUCGAGAUGCAGAAGAUAAUGAAUUCUAUCGAGUUUGAGCAUACAGUCAGCGAGGCUACGUGGGGUGCUAUGUUUACUAUGCCCGUGUUGCGCGUGACAUUGCUGGGAAUGACGGUUCAAAUUUUCCAACAAAUUACCGGUACCAACUCGAUUUUGUAUUACACGCCAUCCCUGUUCGAGCGCGGGGGAAUCAAAGAUCCACGCACCGCCAACCUAGCCACCGGCGGCGUAGGCGUCGUUCUCUUCGUCUUCUCCUGGAUCCCAAUCUUCUACUUCGACCGCCUCGGCCGCAAAACCUGGCUACAAUCGGCACCUGCCAAUUACACAAUCAUCAUAUUCCCGUACUUAUUCUACGUGUUCUUCAACAUCAGCUGGGGCGUGGGAUCGUGGACGUAUGCAGCUGAGAUAUUCCCGGCGAGUCCUCCUAUCGCUGAUGCUAUCGGCUGGGGCUUGUAUAUUAUUUACUCUGGUGUCUGUGUCUUGGCGUUUUUCUUUGUUCGAUAUGCAAUGGUUGAAACCCGGGGUCGCACGCUGGAAGAAAUGUCGAGGCUGUUUGGUAUUGAGAGUCAACUGGCGGAGCGCAGUGGCAUCCAGCCGAGUGCAGCGAGCGAACAAGGCGUCGAUCGAGGAGCAUGUAGAGGAUGUAGGACCUUCGGGUCAAUGAUGGUCCAUGCCAAGGCGUGCGUGAGGCUUUACAUCUACCAGGAGUCAAGGGUUCUAGUUGAGAAUAGGUCAGACUUGCAGGCCUUUGCCAAU